AUGGAACGUCCCGUGGUGAGCCUCUUCGUCGAUUUCUUCGACUCCUACUCCUACAACAUCGUGCACUACUUGCGCAAGGUGAACGGUACGGAACCGAUAGUGGUGCACCCGGGAGAACUAACCAUUGAAAUUUUUAUGAGCAAAUAUUAUGACCAUGUGGACAAUGUGGUGAUCUCGCCGGGGUAUGGAAAUCCUGAAACGGCGAAAAGCAGCAGAAAUGAUCUCAUCGCAGGGAUAGUGGAGAGGAAGAUCAACAUUCCUGUCCUGGGUAUAUGCUUUGGGCACCAAUUAAUUUGCCACCUCUAUGGGUGUAAAAUAAAAAGAGUAAAAAACAUGUUCCAUGGGGACACGAAUAUAAUUAAUAUAUGCAAGUACCAAAAUGAAGCUAGCGAUUUGUUUGAAAAUAUAAAGGAUGGGUUCAAAGCAACAUGCUACAACUCCCUAAAGGUAAGCAAAAAGGUGACUGAUCCGUUGAGGAUUACUUGCUACUCUGUUUGUGGAAAUGAGUUCAUAGUUAUGGGCACUCAACAUAAAGAUCUUCCAUACUACACUGUCCAGUAUCACCCGGAGUCCAUCGAAAGUGACUUCAGCGAUACCUUUUUUCAAAAUUUUACAAAUAUUACACUAAAAUGGAGGGGUGAUGGGAGGGGCAGACAAGGUACUGUGAAUUUUGCAGAGCACCAACUGUGGAGUAAACACCUGCAGGCAAAAUCUCCAAACAAGCUUCUCCCAAAUGGACGAAGAGAGAAACCAUGGAAAAUAAAAAUUGUAAAAAUUUCAGGGGUGAACAACUUGCGUAAUUUUUCGCAUGCCAUUUUUAAAGCCAUUUGUUAUGACCCAAACGAUGUGUCUUUUUGGCUAGACAGCAACGGGGAAAAUUAUGAUGCUCCUUUAGAGGGCUGCUACGCCAAGGGGGGGAUCAAACAAGAUGGAGGUGCCAAUGUGGAUGGAAGCCGCACCCAUACCAAUCACCAACAUAACAGCUGCAGAUUUUCUUACAUGGGAAAUGCGAAAGGGCGUUUAAGCGAACUGUUAGAAUAUUACUACGGAGAGGGUAGGGAAGGGCACGGAAUUAAUGGUAGAAUCGUUCAGUUGGGGAAGGGGCCAAGUGAUGAAGCGUAUCGAGUUAGCUACUACAGUGAGGAUUCAAACAACUGUCUGGUGCAUCACAUGAGAGACAAGAUAAAGCUCUUUAAGGGUAAUUAUAACAUUCACUUGGAGGAGGUCAAAUUGGAUAAGUGGGAUGGCACCUUCAGUGAGAACAGAACGAGCCGUGGUGAGGAUAUGGCCAAUUGCUCCACAGGGGAGGACGAUGAUGAAGAAGUGGAAGAUGAAGAAGAGGGACAACUGCCCCCCCGUGAUGGCUGUCCCUACGAAGGUUACCUGCCCAAAGGAGGAAUCGAAAAAGACCAAUUCGUGAAGCAUAAGGACUGCUGCCUGUUGGGAUAUUUUGGUUUCUUCACAUACGAAUAUAAUUACGAGACCAUGAAGACAUUGUAUAAAAAAAAAUGGAAGAGUGGUGGCGAGGAUACGGAUUCGAAGAAUGCCAUCCCAAUUGCUCUUUUUAUGUUCCCUCAGAAUUUUAUCUCUCUCGAUUUGGUCACUAAUAAUAUUUACUUAAUUUCGCUCGAAACGGACGAGGCCCAUUUUAAGUCUCCGCUGGAGCACUCCCUCCCCUUGUGGACAAACCAAGAUGUAAAGGACCUCCUGCACUACAAUGCAAAAUGGAAUGACAUGGCCAUCCACAAAAUUAUGAACAUUGUGCAGACAAAAUUGGGAUCUAAGAAAGGCUCUCAGGUUCCCUCUUCAUGCAUCCCCCCAGAGUGCUCCCCCCUACAGCAGUUGCCGAAGGGGAAUGAAGCAAACGAAAACAGAAUUACAUUUUGUCCAUUGGUAGGUAAAGAUGAAUAUAUAGAAAAUGUAAAACGAUGCAAAGAGUACAUUGAAAAGGGGCAUUCAUAUGAACUUUGCUUAACGACCCAAUUUGUGGGGAAUUAUUUCGUGUCGCAUAAUAAUAAUGCACCCUGUGUAGAUUUUCUAAACAUGUACCUGCAUGUAAGGGAUGUCAAUAAAGUUUCAUACAGUUGUUACAUUCACUACUCGAGGAAAGUUCACACUGACUCGUUACCCCCCCAAGUAAGUAGUAACCCCGCGAUCGAUUCGAAAUUGCAAUUCACAAUCAUGUGUUUUAGUCCGGAGGAAUUCCUGCGAAAGGAUAAGGACGGCGUGCUCUUCAGCAAACCAAUCAAAGGGACCAUAGGGAGAGGAAAAUCGGAGGAAGAAGAUGCAAAACUGAAAAGCCAAUUGUUUAAUAGUAAAAAAGACAGAGCCGAAAAUCUUAUGAUUGUAGAUCUCACGACUAAUGACUUUCACAGAAUUUGCCUAAAUGGUACCGUUUGUGUAAGCCACUUGUUUAAGAUUGAGACCUACGCUUAUCUCCACCAAAUGGUUUCCCAAAUACGUGGAAGACUUCCCCCUGAGAAAACUUUUUCAGAUGCCAUUGUGAAUGUAUUUCCUGGCGGUUCCAUGACGGGCGCGCCCAAACCCAUAUCUAUCUCACUUCUGCAAAGCAUCGAAAAGGCCCCCCGGGGGGUUUACUCCGGAUCCAUUGGGUUCAUCUCCGUGGAGGACAAUUUUAUCCUUAACAUCGUCAUUCGAACGGCCGUGGUGCAAAAUAACGCGAUCUCCAUCGGUGCCGGUGGCGCCGUCACUAUCAAGAGUGAUGAGACGGACGAGUACAACGAAAUGCUCCUUAAGUUUAUGAGCGUGGCGAGGCCAAUUUGCUCCUACCUGAUGGAACGACACAACGUCCAUGUGGAAUACAAACUUUAG